AUGAGUACCGCAUUGCAGCUUCUGGCAAAUUACUAUGAGGCUGUUAUUGAAAGUGAAAGAAUCUACUACAAGUAUACCAAAGGUGGGCAACCAUCUGUGAAGACCCCUGGUGAGAUCAACGAUGCUGACAAUAGAGACUCGAUGUUGGUGAAAGAAACAAUCAGCCUGCAACGACAAAUUACACAAUCGAUCAACGAAUGCAACUUGCUGAAACAGGAGAACGAACGCCAGAAACAAAUCCACAAGACUCAGAUAGCUCUUCUCGAAUCGAAGCUAGAAAACGCUCGAAAGUCGUCAGCAAAAUCGAAGGAAUUGCCUGUCGAGAAAAUAAAGAGAAGCAAUAAAGUGCACUUGUUAAGCCCCAUUGGUAAAACGCAUCCCGAAGGUAAUGCUCCUGAACCCCGCAAUUUGAGCAAAGCCAUGACAGGCGCUUUGAAGAGCUCUUCUGUUGAUCAGAACGGCGGGCUACGCCAUGCGAUAAACAAAAACAAAGCAACUCUUUUUGAUGAAGAUACGAAUGAGUUUGCCGAAAACUCUCACGAUGCCUCCUUUCUCUCUUCCAUAAAAGAGAAAGAUAAGCUGGCUGACAUUGUUCUUCCAAAGGAAGAUCUGACCGCCUCUUCAAGUGACGCAGACGACAAGAGUAAUGGCAAAGCUAAUCAUUUGGAGAAUCAACAAAUCACGCAGAAGAAGCGGAGACUUAUCAAAAAGCGUAUUCAAAGAGUCGAUACGGACAGUGAGAACUCAUGA